AUGUAUUCGGGUGAAUUCGCAGAGCCACGUCUGCUACAUUCCAAAGGAUUCAUACAGUUAUGCAUCGAUAAAAGUGCUACCGACAAUACUGGGUCUUUCCUAUCAGUUGGUACAGAUGGGGACGUAUGGAUUUGGACGGGUGAUGAGUUGGAUGAAGCUGAAUAUUACGCUAAAAACAUCAAAGGACGAACGCAUUCUGCAAUAGCUUGGCAUGGAAAUAACAUCUAUAUCGGACAUACAAGUACAGAUAACCAAACAGGUAUUCAAAAGUCAACAGUUUCUCGUUUUGAGAAAGAUUCCUUACGGAUGAUUGCACCGAUAACAACUUUUUCACUGGAUUUAUCGAGCAUUGAUAUAUCAAAAUCAGGAAAAUUCUUGGCUGCUGGUUCUAUCGAUCACGUUUUAAAGAUCAUCAAUCUCGAAACAGGUGAUGUAAUUCGUUCUGAAGCGGAUGGACAAAUUAUGUGCGUUUCAUUCAACUCGAAAGAUGAAUAUUUGGCUGUUACAGCAACUGAUGGAAUGUUACGCGUUUUCGACAUAACACUUCCGAAGGGCGAACUUCCCGAACCAGUCACUAUUCGGAUCUGUUCGCGUAUUGUUGACAUUGAGCCAUCCAACUCUAAGCUCCAGCUAUGUUGGGAUCCAUUUGGUGAUAAUCUUUUUGUUCCAGCAUUUGGCUGUGUUAAAAGAUUCGACAAACAUUCGUUUGAAGAAAUAACCAAAUUCUUUAUUGGAUCAAAUUCAUAUGAUAUGUUCAGUGUCUGCUGUGUGUCGUCCUGUGGGACAUACUUGGCGUCAUCUACCAUGAAUGGUUUAAUUUGUGUUUGGCAAAUUGAUACCGGUGACCUGCUGACAUGUAGUAAGUAUCAGAUAAAUGGACAACCAAAAGUGAUUUGUACUAUGUUUUGGCAUCGGUCAUUGCGGAAUACGUUGUUUUUUGCAGAUACUGAGGAGCACAUAUGUUCCUUGAAUAAAUGCACGAGAAAAGUUACUUCGAAUGAGUGCAACAGUACAGACUUGGACUUGCAGUGUGUAAGAAACAAAGCUGCCGUAAAGUUUUAUGAUGAUGAAAAUUCGCAAAAUUUGGAUUCUAUUAAAAAGUCUUACGGAUUUGAUGAGGAGGGGCAUUUCCGUGGUAUCUUUGAUGAAAGCGAGGAAAAUCCUCACAUUUUCACAACUGCUGAACCUUCGACUUCAUGCAAACCAGUGGUUGUGCCAAAAGCUUUCGUGACUGGCUCUACCCCUGAACAUCGAAAACAGAGAUAUUUGAAAUGGAAUCAAUAUGGUACAAUAAUCAGUUCAUAUAACGGAGAUGAUGGAAGAAUUGAGAUAAAUUGGCACGAUACUUCAAUACAUCCUGAAAUUAUCAUCGACAAUACAGCAAACUUUUCCAUUGGUGACAUGAAUGAUGAAAUUGUUGCAUUGGCAUCAAAAGUCGGAGAGGAGAGUUUGAGUGAAAUGCAAGUACAGUGUGUUAAAGCCUGGGAUUAUGGCUCAAGACAGUGGAGCGUAAAGUUACCAGAGGGGGAAUCUGUUGAAAAUAUAGUUAUCGGAAGAACUUUUUUGGUUUUGGCCACAUCACAACGAUAUUUUCGAACUUUUUCAUAUGCUGGAACUCAAAAAAUGGUUUUUUGUUAUUCAGGGCCACUAUUUACUAUGUGUGCAUUCAACGAUAUGUUUACAGCUGUGAUGCUGAAUGGUGGUGCUUAUUAUGAAAGCAAUGAACCACAAUUUAAUUUUGUAGCAAAUAUUUACAAAAUGAAAACUGAAGACUGGCACAAAUGUCAGUCUCUAGUACAAACUGUUCCAAUAAGUGUGGGUCGUAAUGCCAAAUUGAAUUGGAUUGGUUACACAAGUCGUGGAACAUUAUGUACAAUGGAUAGCAAAUAUUGUUGUCGGAUUUUUUCCUCUAAUGGCAUUUGGAUUCCAGUUUAUGACUUUGCUACUACUCUCAAAAGUAAUUCAGACCAUAUAUUUCUGAUCAGCUUUAUGGAUUACCCGCAUUGUGAAAUUCGUUAUAUAUAUUGUCGAGGGAUAGAAUAUCCUUUAGUGGAAAGUCGCUCAAUCCCAGCCGUUGUUAAGUGGCAGCUUCCUCUCUGCAAUCAGGAUACAGAAAAAUCGAAACUUGAAGAGAAGCUUUUGUUAGCUGAAAUUGGUAGCUAUGCUUUAAACAGCGAUGAUGAGGACAAAAAAGAAUCCGAGCUUUUAGAUAUUUCGGCGACGUACACAAAAGAUGUUGUCCGAUUAUUUGCACUUGCAUGUAGGGCUGACCGUCAGUGUCGUGCAGCUGAAUUCGCUACUUACACACAUUCUGGACAAAUAGUCCAAUCUAUGUGCAAUUUUGCUUCUAAAACACGACAUCCUUUACUUGCAGAGAAGGUUGCUGAAAUCGGAAGAAUAAAUGCUGUUGCACAACAAGACGUAACGCGAGAUGAACAUGAGCGAAAGAGAAAUAUCCUAUUAGAAGAUAAGAAGAAAAGUGAUUUUUUGGCACCUAAGCGAUUGAAAAAGGAUCGCAUCUCCGAUGAAGUUGUUGUCAAAGCAGUACAGGAGAGAGCAGAGCAAGAGGAAAAUGAACAUGUGCAGAGUUUAGAUACCACUUUGAGUAAUGAAUAUUCAUCAUUUUUAUCUCCUGUUCAACCAAGGCUACCUUCUAACCCCUUCAAACGGAAAUCUCAGAAUACGUUUGGCUCAAAUCAAGACAACUUUUUCGAUUCAUUAGCUUCUGCAUCUUCAACUACUUCACGAAAAACAAGUGAUGAUAUCAGCGAUUGGAAGAAAAUGAAAAGAGAGCCGUCGAAAAUUCGACAAACUUCACUUUCUGUGAAACUUAAUGAAGAAAAAGGAAUGAGUGAAGCGAAAAUAGGAUUCGAUUUGUGGUUAAAAUCUAUGGGAAGUAAAUUAAGGAGAGAUUAUGAUGGAUACGGAGAUUUUUUAGAAUAUGCUAUCAAACAGUUUCGACACCUAAAAACUGAAGAAAAACGGCACUGGAACGACUUGGCUCAAGCUUCCAAAACUUGA